GAAUUAAACACGCACAUUUUUUCCUCUCCGGUUAAAAAUGGCCGCCGCUGAGAACGGCAGCACGCAGCCGCAACAAUCAGCGUUGAUCUUCCUAGGCACCGGUUGUUCCAGUGCUGUUCCCAAUGCAUUGUGCCUCAUCCGUGCGUCAAAUCCUCCUUGUACCGUUUGUUCCCAGUCACUUACCGUUCCACCUGAAGAUAACCCUAAUUAUAGGUCGUUUCUUGAUUAUCUGCGUUUUUUAAUUAUAUUGAGUUGUAAUGGUUUUUCAAAUUGGUUUCCAUCUUAUCGAGGACUUGAUCGUGGCUAGGAGGUUGUUGAGGGUACGGAUUAGGGUGGUAGGUUAGCAUGUAGUAGAGUGUGGUCCCAUUUAUCCUUCCAUACUAGUAAUCGUAGCAUUCCUUAUGUAGUUUUUUGUUCUUAGGUUUCUGUUUUUGAAUUGCUUUUCAGCUUAUCUAGGAUAUGGCCUUAGAUAGGAGGUUGUGGAGUGUACGGAUUAGGAUGGUAGAUUAGCAGGUAGUAGAAUAUGGUCCUUCUUAUCUUUCCAUUCUAGUAGUAGCAUUACUUCUGUAGUUUCUUGUUCCUAGAUUUCUGUUUUUAUCUGCCACAUCUUGUACUUCGAUUAUCAUAUUUUUGUUGUAUUUGCUAUUCACUAUGCUUUGUCAUGCUUUCUGUAGUAUUUUCAGUUCUCUUUUUUCCUUUCCGGAAUUGUGUUGAUCUGUUUUUGCGCGAGCUGAGGGUGUAUUGGAAGCAGCCUCUCUACCUCUAUGUAGGGGGUAUGGUCGGCGUACACCUACGCUCUCCAAACCCCACUUUGUGGGAUUACACUGGGUAUGUUGUUAUUAUUUAAUUUGCUUUCCAGGUGAGUGAUCUGUGUGUGUAUAAUUUGUAUGUUCUUAUUUAGUUUAGUCGAAUCUAGCAACUUGUUGAGCAAUGUGUUUGAUAAAUAAUUGUUACAGUUUCAAUUGAGAACUGUUUAAUUGCAGUUUAUUGAGUUAUAUGGAGUAGUGGUUUAUGAUAAAACCAAUGCGAAUUGAUUACUGGUGUAAUACAUCUCUUCUUAUUGAUUAUUAUAAGGACAAUGAUGAGCACAAGUACAUAUUAAUUGAUGUUGGGAAAACGUUUAGGGAGCAAGUACUUCGGUGGUUCACUCGUUAUAGAAUUCCCCAAGUUGAUUCUAUUAUUUUGACUCAUGAGCAUGCUGAUGCAACUCUCGGCUUGGAUGAUAUCCGUGCAGUGCAACCAUUUAGCCCAACAAAUGACAUUGAUCCGACACCAGUGUACCUGACUCAAUAUUCAAUGGAUAGCAUUGUUCAGAAAUUCCCUUACUUAGUCCAGAAGAAACUUAAGGAAGGACAAGAAAUUAGACGUGUUGCACAACUUGAUUGGCAGAUUAUUGAAAAUGAUUGUGAAAAGUCGUUUGUUGCAUCAGGACUAGAAUUUGUUCCGUUGCCAGUAAUGCAUGGCGAAGAUUAUGUGUGCUUGGGGUUUCUUUUUGGUAAAAAAUUCAGAAUUGCAUAUAUAUCCGAUGUUUCACGCUUUCUUCCAACCACUGUAUCUUACAUUUCAAAAGAUAGUGGUCAACAACUAGACCUGCUUAUUUUGGACACUCUCUAUAAGAACGGUUCCCACAAUGUUCACCUUUGCCUUACUCAGUCUCUCGAGGCGUUGAAGAUGCUAUGCCCGAAGAGGGCUCUACUAAUUGGAAUGACUCAUGAAUUUGACCACCACAAAGAUAAUGAAUUCCUUGUGGAAUGGUCUAGAAGAGAAGGUAUAGCAGUUCAACUUGCACAUGAUGGAUUGAAGGUCCCUGUUAACUUAUAAAUAGGCUCUUCACUUUUGAUGCCACACUUGUGUCGGAUCCUCUAAAAAUACGCUAGUUUUGGAGAACCCGACAAGCAUCCAUUGACAUUUUUGAAAAGUCCGAGCAGCAUAGUUUUUGCUAGCCGCGACUAGUAUCAAAUGCUAGUUCUGCACUUUCAGAACUUCCACAGUUACUACCUUUUUAUCUCCAAAAUUAUUGAUGAAAUAGUUUUCUUUUGUAAAAAAAUAUUUACACACAGAACUUAUCUUAUUAUACAGACUGAGUCAUAUUCCCAAUCAGAUGAUACUGCUCUAUCGACAAAAGAGAAGGCCCAAAGACUGGCUAAAGGCUCUGACAGCAUCCUUUUGAUCUUUUGUUGCAAGUAGGCUAAUACAUGGGAGUAGUGAUGGAUCCCACCUGAGAUUUUUGCCUGUAUGUACCAGGGGAUGAUAGUUGUAUAAGUUCACUGUAUUAAACCCAGAUGCAACAAGGGGAUGAUUGGGGAUGAUCAGUACAUUGAUGUCAAUGUUGACCAUUUUUUACUUGUGUAUUUUCUUGUAGUCUUGUCAUUUUUCUGAAUUCAAGGUGGUAUCGAGUUGAAUACUAAUUUUUCUGAACCUAUAGAAAAAUGAAGCCUUUCAAUGACAA